UCUCCGAUACUGGGCAGCGGCAGUAGUGUCGCGCUGCUUUCUGUUAAAAAAGAAAAAACAAGUAUAUCCAUAUAGUAGUAACUUAAAUAUCUGUUCCCACUUAAGGACCUGAAGUAAAGAGAUAUUACUCUGAGUGACAGCAGUUGUCCAGCUGACCUGGGAACAGACAGCAUUCCUGCACAGCAGCAGAGUGCCCAGUGAUCGUGCUCGGGGCCAAUGGAGUGCAGCAGCUAUGCUAUGCAACUACAUUUCUGCAAAUGAGUGGACUUUGGCUCAUUUUCACUAUGGCAGUAUUUGGGCACAGAGGACGGAGGAAUAAAAAAACCUCUGUAGGCACGCUACUCUGCCUCAUGUGCCUGUUCAUCUUCAGUUUUGCAUCAUUACCAGAGGCACAAGAAGUUAGCUUACAAGAGAACAAGACCUGUAAACUUGAUGAGUUUCUCACUGAAGAUGGAAUAUGUUGCAACAAAUGCGGUCCAGGGUUUAAGCUUCUAGAAAAAUGUCAUGGUCCUAAAGAGAGAUCUAACUGCAUACACUGUCCCGAUGGACAGUACAUCGACCAGAUGAACUACUCAAACAACUGCAGACAGUGCAAAACCUGCAAAGCAGCAAAGCAUGAAAUUGAGGAAUCACCAUGUAACAGAUCCCAGAACACUAAGUGUCGGUGUAAGGAUGGUUAUUACAGAUAUAUAAUUGACUCUUUAACAUAUGACUGUCUCAGAUGUAAAAAGUGCAAAGCCGAUGAAGUGGAAAGAGGGACAUGUAGCCCAGAUAAUAACACUGUGUGUGGAUGUAAGGACAACUACUACAAAGUCAAGGGCAAGUGUGAACCGUGCAAGAGUUGUUCCUCUGAGUGCAGCAGUUUGUGUAAAUCUCCUACAACAGUUUUUCCUGAAGUCACGAAAUCUGUAAAUCCAGAUGGAUAUGUUAUAAAUGUAAUCUCUGGAACUGGAGCUGUGAUAAUCGUUUUGUUGGUGCUGGUGGUUUUCAUCACCUACAUGCUCACAAAGCGGUAUACCAAAAAGAGGAUACUACGGUCCUCCCAACGGUCUGAUGCUUCCCAGGAAUCUUGCGAGCAGGUUCUGGUGAACAGUGAGGAACAUUUGGAGACCAGUGUGAAGGAGUUUCCUCAAAGCGCUGUGGCUGAAGUGGAGGGUUCCAAACUGCCUGACUGUGUCCCCCUGGAAAUCAAGCUGUCUGAGCUGAUCUACACAGUGCUGGAUCUGGUUCCCGUGGUGCAGGUGAAGCAGCUGGUGCGUCUUCUUGGUGUGACGGACACGGAGAUCGAACAAGCUGAGUUGGAUUACCGAUCCUGCCGGGAGGCUCACUAUCAGAUGCUGCGGGCGUGGGGCUCACGUUCAGGUGGAGGAGGACGAGGAGGAAUGCUGCACAGGCCACUGUUGAAAGAAUUAUUAGAAAAACUAAGAAUGAUGCACCUGGGAAAGGCAGCUGAGGAACUGGAGACAAAGUAUGGCAUUCAGUAACUCUGUAACAUGUGCCAAGCGGAACAAAAAGCUUAUGACCCCAAGUAUUGUUGGCUUUAAAGACUCAAUCAUGGAUGCCAAGGUGGCAUGGUGCUACAUCACAGCAGCAAUUUUAUUUCACAGCACACAAGUGAGACUGAAGACUUUUCGCCAGUCACUCAGCGAGAUGACUGGAAGAAACAGCCAAGAGCAAAAUGAACAAAUGGUUCACAGAGAAAGUGGAAUUUUGCAUCCAGAUCAGUCAUUUGUAAAUAACUUUUUGCAAUGCGUAUUUUUCAAAUACUUGGAAAACCAGGGUUAUUAUUUUUAAGUGCUGAGAAGACCGAUGCUACAUUCUUCACAGUGUGUCUCAACCUACAGCUUGUCUUAGUUGAUCAAAUCUGAACAAAAACAAAACUGUAAUCUAUGGUGAGUCACGUGUGCCAAAGAGUUUUUUUUUUUUUUUUUAGCCA